GUGUGUAAUGAUACCACAAAUUAUAUUAAACUUAAAAUAAAAAAAUUAAAUUAAAAAUUAAUUUAAACUAUUAAAUUGUAUUAUUUUAUUAUAUUAUAUUAAUAUAAUUAAUAUAAUCUGUGGUGAUACGUUGCCGUGUUGUUUGCGAAUUGUAUUGGUUUCGUUACGUACUUACCUAUACAUUCAAUUAUAAAAUGCCGAAAAUAUAAAGUACCAGUGCAAAACUUCAACAACUACGAGUAAUCGGAAAUGGGUUUUUGACGAUUGAUUGUCACGACGAUGACAGACUACGAAUUACGAUUUACUUUGUAACAAAUCACCAAACUCAUUUACUCAUGUGAUUCACGACUGCAGAUCUAACGUUUUAGUUUGUGUCAUCGUUACUCGUAUAAUGAUUUAAUAUAGGAAAUCUGCAGGGACUAAAGUUCCGAGAGGGUCUAAACAAUGGCCACCAGCAAAAACGGUAACUUCAAAACGCAAACAAUCAUCUGAGCAACUUCGUUCAACCAAGUUAAUGUCAAAAGUAAAACCCAUCAUUCCUCCAAACUUUGUGGAAAAUUUAUUCAAGCAGACAAGAUUUACGAAGAAAGAAAUCGUUGGAUUAUGCAAACUAUUUAAAAAACUAGUCGCCAUUUAUGGUGCCGAAUCAACGUCUUCGGUAGCGGCAAUGAGCUCGGUUGUUUUAAUAACGAUUCCUACGCAGGGUUUUGACCGGUUAAUGUUCAGAGAAUUCCUGCAAAACGAAUUCGGAAUCACAACCGAGGAGAUUUUGACGGAUCGUAUAUUUUGUUUUUUCGAUCAACGAAAUGACGGCGUCAUACACGAAGACGAAUGGAUAACUGGGUUGUCGGUGUUGCUAAAAGGCACUCAGGAUGAAAAGAUCAAAUACACGUUCACCAUAUACGACCUAAACAACGAUGGAUUCAUAACGAAAGAAGAGAUUUUCAGUCUGCUAAGGAACUGUUUGGUCAAACAUCCCCAGGACGAGGAUCCAGACGAAGGAGUACGAGAACUCGUCGACAUCGUAUUGCGUAAAAUGGAUUGUGACAACGAUACAAAACUUUCUUUUGAAGAUUUUUCUACGUCUGUCAACAAACAAUCGUUAUUGCUUGAAGCUUUUGGACAGUGUUUACCAUCUAGAGAAUUUGCCGAGAGCUUUGUAAACUCUAUUAGCAGUGUGCAGUAAAUAUUUAAUAUUGUUUCAACAGCUAACUAUCAAGAAUAAUGUAAUUAUUUAAAAAUUUCGUUUCGCUACAUUACAUUAAUAUCAGACAUUUUUUUAGAUUUAAGAUUAAAACAAUCUUAAAACUUAAAAGCUAAUGAGUUAUUAUUAACACACACUAUGAUACAUACAAUUAUGAAAAAUAAAUG